UGAAUUAUACUUAUUUUCCUAUAGUGAACGAUAUCGAACAUUACUUACUUCAGAAAGAAUGCCUCCAGGUCAUCAAGGUCGUGCUGAUGUUGAAAUAGUUUUACAUACUGGUCAAGAAAAUACAGCUGAUGGAAAAGGUGUUCGUUGGUUAACAAAUAAUGCUACAUUUGAUAUGCUUCGUUUAAAUAAUCUUAAUAGAUCUCUUCUUAUGGAUUUAUAUCAUGGCAAUGAACAAAAUCUUCCACAGGAUAUUAUUUAUACUCUACAACAUAAUCAAUUAGUUGAUAUUAUUAUUCAAAAUACGGUUGCACUCAAUGGUAUCUGUGAAUCACAUCCAAUGCAUAUGCAUGGACAUAAAUUUUGGAUACAUUCAUAUGGAACUGAGACGUAUAAUUCAGCUAAAAAUAUUUUGCCUAAUAUACAUGAUCCAGUGUUACGUGAUUCAUUAAUGGUUUAUGCAAGUUCUUAUGCUUAUUAUGUUUCGGAUCGUAAUGUGACAAAUCAUCGAAAACCAUGUGGAUGGGCAAAAUUACGUCUGAUUGCUAAUAAUCCAGGUUUAUGGAUGUUUCAUUGUCAUAUUGGUGCACAUUCAUUUAUGGGUAUGAAUAUUCUUCUCAAAGAAGAUAUACAACAUUUAUCAAUGAUUUAUUUAUCACAAAAUUAA